AAAACCAACAUAGAGUUUAUCUUCCAACUUUGUGUUUGCUCAAUGGCCCUAUUACUAACAUAGUUAUCAACUCAAGAAAAUAAGCACAGACAUACAAGAUCUGAGAGCCCAAUACUAUAUUCUCUAUAACAAUUUCCUUCCAGCUAGAAGAAGAAAAAGAAGAAGAAGCAGUCAAAAGACCAGACAGCACCAUAAAACGUAAGACAAGGUCCUCAAAGAUGCUGUUCAACCACCUUUGACCCAUUUGGCUGGCUCUCAACCAGCCAUUCUCAAUUUCUCAUCUACAUACCUUGAGAAAACCGUCGCUUGUCGUUUUCCUUCUGUCCACUGGAUUUUCUCCCUGGUUAAGGCGAUCAUUACCACGAAGAUUUCUGCAAAACCCACGCUCAGCGAUGGUCAAUGUUCUGAUUAACCAAGCUUCAAAGAUAUGAGGAUGAUGAAGAAGAAAAUGCGUGUCUCCCUUUGAUGAAACAGGCAAGAAUAUUUGAAGCUUUGAAAGUACAACGAAAGUACCCUUUUUGGCAUGGAAGGUUUCUUCCUCAAUUAUGGAUAAAAGAAAGGAUAACUCGAGAAGCUGGUUCGAGUGGUGGUUCAAGUGCCGGCACAAGAAACCUCAUCUCUCUGGUUUAACUGAUUCUUCAGAUGAAAGUGAUGAUGGCAUGGGCGCAGUUUGUGUUCGGUCGUUGGAGAUGGAGCCCUGCUUUCCCGACAAUGAAUUAAGACUGUUUGUGGGAACGUGGAACGUCGCCGGAAAGCCUCCGGUGGGGAGCUUGGCCGUUGAUUUGGAUGAGUGGCUGAAUCUUAAAGAAGCAGCUGACAUUUAUGUUCUUGGAUUUCAAGAAAUUGUGCCAUUGAACGCAAAAACAGUGAUAGGAGCAGAAGAUCCAACAGAAGCCACAAAAUGGAACCUGCUGAUAGGGAAGAUUUUGAACGACAAAUAUGGGUGUCCCUGGUUAACUCCCGUCGUUAAACCAAUCUCCAGCGACGACGAUUACGAGUACAAUGAGGCUCCAGAUCAUCACUCCGGCAGGUACAAAUUAAUGGCUAGCAAGAAGAUGGUGGGCGUGUUCAUCAGCGUGUGGAUGAGAAAGGAAUUGUUGAGGAGAUAUAGAAUAUCAGGCGUGAAGGUUUCAUCAGUGGCGUGUGGACUCAUGGGAUAUUUGGGCAACAAGGGAUCAGUUUCUGUGAGCAUGACUAUAGAAGGAACCAGUUUUUGCUUUGUGGCGGCACAUUUGGCCUCCGGCGAGAAGAAGGGCGAUGAAGAGAAACGAAACUACCAAGUCUCCGAGAUUUUCCGGCGGACGUUAUUCCCCCGGAGCCCCGAAGACGGCGACAAUCCUCAUCCCCACAAUAUCCUGGGACACGACCGGAUAUUCUGGUUUGGUGAUCUCAACUACAGAUUAUACCUGGAAGACAAUUUAGCUCGACAGUUGAUAGUGAAGCACGACUGGAACUCACUGCACAAGUUCGAUCAGCUCCGGCGAGGGCAGGAAGACGGCGGCGUGUUUGAAGGUUGGCGAGAGGGAAACAUAGAAUUCGCGCCCACAUACAAGUACUCUUCUUCUAACGGAAAUAUAUAUUCAGGCGGCAUUCCAAAUGCAGUUGGAGAGAAGCCAAGAACCCCGGCCUGGUGUGACAGGAUUCUAUGGUAUGGCAAGGGAAUUCAUCAGCUAUCCUAUUUCCGAAGCGAAAGCAAAUUCUCAGAUCAUCGUCCUGUCUCUGCUCUUUUCUCCACGCAGGUUGAAGCUCUAAACAACGCUAAAAUCCCAGGCAGAACUAGUGCACUGGAGAGGGCCGUGGAAGAGGUUACUCCUACAUUGUUAUCGUUGAUUGUAAAGGAUAUAGAGACAUCACCAACACAUAAGCAAACUUGUAGCUAGGCUAGAUCACAGAUAAAUUUAGAAGCUGAUGAGAGUGGGAUUUAUGUUUUCUAUGUAGUCUACAAAGUUAAAAGUGUAAUUGGCUUUAUUUUCAAAAAAAAAAAAGUGUAAUUGGCUUGUAAAUUUUGCAACACCAACUAGUGCAGUGAGUAGGACUAAAGUGGAAAUAGCUACAACAUCGAUUGACACCCGUGUCUUUUACAUCUAGGAUCAUCAUGUAUUCAUACGUGAAUUUAUUGAUAUAUUUGUACCAAAGAUUAUUUUAACUUA